GGGAUGAUCUUGAUUUAUUAUUAGAACCGGCCCGCAGACCGCAGAUCUUUUACACGCACCAAUACUACAUUUCCCACAAUGCAACGGUGACGCACCGAGCAGUAGGCUGCUUCAUUUCAAUAUUUAUUGGCACAGCAGUCGUCAGCAUCACAGUAAAAUUAACUUUCAGAUACCCAUCAAAAAUGGCAAAACGGAAGGUGGACACUGAGAACCGGGGGUUUCAAACAAGGUGGGAGUCGGAGUAUAUGUUUUUGGAGGUAGCUGGAAAACCUGUGUGUCUUCUGUGUGGAGAAAGUGUGGCGGUACUGAAAGAGUAUAAUCUGAGACGACAUUAUGAAACGAAACACGCGGACAAAAACAAGAAUAUGGACAUGGAACAAAGGCUACAAAAGGCAGAGGAAUUAAAACGAGGCCUCAAAUCUCGACAGGCUCUGUUCAAAAAAGCCAAAUCACAAGGCCAGGCUGCUGUCAAGGCCAGUUUUAUUUUGGCAGAAGAGAUCGCUAAAUCAGCCCGGCCAUUUACGGAGGGAGAUUUCAUCAAAAACUGCAUGAUUAAAGUUUGUGACGAAGUUUGCCCAGAAAAAAGGCAACUCUUUUUAAAUGUGAGUCUGAGCAGAAACACCAUUGCCGAGAGAGUAGACCAGUUGUCCAUCAAUCUAAAAGAGCAGCUUGUGAAAAAGGGAAAAGAUUUCAUUGCAUAUUCCUUGGCUGUGGAUGAGAGCACCGACAUUUCUGACAUUGCCCAGUUGUCAAUUUUCAUCCGCGGAGUGGACUCCAGCCUAAGCGUGACAGAGGAGUUUUUGGCUUUACGUCCUAUGCAUGGCACAACUACGGGGCAUGAUUUGUAUGAAGAGGUGUCAAGAUGUGUAAAUGAGAUGGAGCUGCCUUGGGAAAAACUCGUGGGUUUUACAACCGACGGAGCACCUGCGAUGUGUGGACACAGGAGCGGACUGGUAGCGAAGAUACGGGAAAAGAUGCAAGAGGAAAACGCGACAGGUGAGCUGACAGCUUAUCAUUGUAUCAUACACCAGGAAGCGUUGUGCGGUAAAGCCUUGAAAAUGGAGCAUGUAAUGAGCAUCAUCACGCGCACAGUUAACUUUAUCAGAGCCAAAGGUUUGAAUCACCGCCAGUUCAAGGCAUUUCUGACGGAGUUAGAAACGGAGCAUGGUGAUUUGCCUUAUCACACAGAGGUGCGAUGGCUAAGCCAGGGAAAGGUGCUUCAAAGAUGUUUCGAGCUUCGUGAGGAGAUUUGUCUGUUCUUGGACAGCAAAGGGAAAAACACAACACAACUCCGAGACGAAAUGUUUCUGUGUGAAAUGGCUUUUCUGUGUGACAUUACGAGUCAUCUGAAUGCAAUGAACUUGCAGCUGCAGGGUCGGGAUCAUGUCAUCUCUGAUAUGUACAGUACAGUGAAGGCAUUUAAAACCAAACUGACUCUGUGGGAGACGCAGAUGCGGAAAGAAAAUUUGACCCACUUUUCCAGCUGCCAGACCAUGAAAGAGAAGCUCUCUACCAGUGCAUUCCCGAGCGCACAGUUGGCUAAUAAAAUAAGUAUGCUUGCCGCUGACUUUCGACGCCGAUUUGCUGACUUUGAAGCACAAAAAAGUAGGUUGGAACUGCUCGGUAACCCGUUUGCUGUUGACGUGGAAAGCUCACCACCAAACCUUCAAAUGGAGUUGAUUGACCUCCAAUGCAAUGAUGCACUGAGGGCAAAAUAUGCGGCAGUGGGUGCUGCGGAGUUCGCCCGUUUCCUCCCCGACACAAUGCCCCAGCUGCGCAUCCAGGCUGCUCAAACGUUGUCUAUGUUUGGCAGCACAUACCUGUGUGAACAACUGUUUUCUUUGAUGAACCUGAACAAAACAUCACACAGAAGUCGACUUACUGCUGAACACCUCCAUUCAAUCUUGAGGAUUUCCUCAGCUCAGAGCCUUACCCCGAACAUUGAUGAACUUGUGGAAAAGAUGGGACACCACCAAGUAUCACCCUCAACCUCAAACAAGUGAACAUUACUGUGCAAUCACAUAUUUAGAGUUUUUACUCAAUUCAAGUUUAAAAGUUAAAGUUUAAUAUUUGUUUUCACUGCAUGUUACUUCUCCUUAAACAAAGUGUUGUUUUUGAUUUAUAGAUUUUUGCACUUUAUUUUAUUGUAUUUCAAUUUAAUUAUAUUUUAAAAAUAUUUCAGUUGAGUGGAUGAUAGAAAAUUGCUAUUAUUGUUUUUUUCUUUGAAGUAAAUUUAGCCCACUUUUGCUAAAAUAGAAAAUAUAGGCUACUGAUGGUGCCUUGAAUACCGGUUUCUUUCAUUUAAUGUUCAUGUUAUGGGGAUUUUUAUAUAAAGGAAAUUUGUCUUUUGUGUCUGUUGAAAAUUAAAGAUUACUGACAGAGCCAUAAGAAAAUAUUGCUUUAUUUAUCUGAUCAUAUUGGAAUAUAUUUGUUAGGUUUUCAGUAGGUUCAAUUAGGUUCACUAGACUAUAUGCGUCAUUUAAAAAUUUUUCAAUGAACAUUCGAACAGUCCGGCCCUCGGCUUGUAGCUAAAUUUUUUAUUUGGCCCUCCGUCCAUUUGACUUUGACACCCCUGCU